GUCUGCUAUGCAGAAUCGACGCGAAUGUCCCCAGUGUCGCACUGACUUGCAAAUACCUUGUCGGACACUACUGCGAACGUUGACCCUCUACAAGCACACCUGAGGCAGUGGAUAGAGCCAAUCACCAGCCAGCGGCCAAACCCGCGACAGCGACGGAUUACCGCCCGAGGGAGGCUAGCGAAUGACGUGCCCUAGAAGGAAAAAGAAUCUAAGACUGAAAUAGUCUGCUUCUGAAAACACAGUUCCCGUCUGGUCGAGAAUGAGGUGAGCCCUCGCUGGGGAGAUCGACUGAGCAGAAGAAUCAGAAGAUGGCAGAUGGUGCUGAAGCAAUUGAAGCCCACGAGGUUGGAAAUACUAGUUGGGUGAGAACCGCCAAAGACCUGUUUGCUGGCGCUGCUGGGGGUGUCGCCCAGGUUCUGCUAGGUCAACCAUUUGAUAUCGUCAAGGUCCGCCUUCAGACGACUACCACCUACCCCAGCGCCUUAUCAUGUGCAUCAUCAAUCCUCCAAAAUGAAGGACCACUGGCCUUCUAUAAAGGCACACUCACCCCGUUGAUUGGCAUAGGGGCGUGCGUCUCGGUCCAAUUCGGCGCCUUCCACUAUGCCAGACGAGCGUUCGAGGAACAAAACCUCAGCGCCAACCAUCCAGCAGGUCUGUCUUACGGUCAAUACUAUGUAGCAGGGGCUUUCGCCGGGUUAACGAACUCUGUUCUUUCUGGCCCCAUCGAGCAUGUUCGUAUCCGUCUACAGACUCAACCACAUGGCGCUGCUCGUCUUUACAACGGUCCCCUUGAUUGUAUCAAAAAGCUCUCGGCGCACGAAGGCGUCCUACGGGGUCUCUACCGCGGCCAAGCGGUCACGCUCUACCGUGAAGCACAAGCCUAUGGUGUCUGGUUCCUCACCUUUGAAUACUUGAUGGCUCUGGAACAAAAACGCAACAACGUGCGCCGCGAAGCUAUCUCUUCACCGAAGGUAGCCUUCUACGGAGGGCUUGCGGGCGAAGCGCUCUGGAUCGCAAGUUACCCGUUUGACGUGAUCAAGAGCAAGAUGCAGAGCGACGGGUUUGGGAAGGAACAGCGGUAUAAGACCAUGAGGGAUUGCUUUGCGCAAACGUGGAAGAUUGACGGGAUGAGGGGAUUUUGGAAGGGCAUUGGGCCGACAUUGGUGAGGGCGAUGCCUGUCAGUGCGGGUACCUUUGCUGUAGUCGAGUUGACAAUGCGCGCCUUGGGAUGAUGGCUACGAUGGAGUCUUGCACUAUGGAGGACGAGAAAAAGGAAGACAUGCUUCUGAGCUAGUGUAGAGUUGGUCAAACUUAGCCAAAUUUACAUAGUGAAGCACCAGCGCCUGGAAAAUAGCCACUGUUAGAUAAAUGCAAUUGAUGGUGAUUUUUGCUGCAA